ACGAUGUUUUUCCUAAUUGCAUGUCGUCAACGAUUCUUUUCGAGCCAAUGCACUUUCCCUUGCAUUCGCAACCUAUAUUCACAUCAUUUUCAUCUCUUCUGUGCUCUUUUCUUCCUCCGAUUACUGGCUGCUGUUAGUUCCAUGAUCAACGGCGACGCCUUGUAUUGACAGUUGAAACAUCAUCGCCGCCUUUUUCAUCUAGGGAGUUAUUUGUAUGGUGUUAACAGGAAGUGAGAACAUAGCCCAUCAGCAUGGAAUUAGCUGAUAGAGCAGUUGGCUUUGUAUUAUCCUUCAUCAGCAUAACUAUAUUCACUUACUAUACUUUCUGGGUCAUUAUCCUGCCAUUUGUAGAUAGCAAUCACUUCGUUCACAAGUAUUUCCUGCCUCAGGAGUAUGCUGUCCUAAUACCUGUGUCUGUUGGUGUGGCGCUUCUGUGCUUCAUAAGCAUAUUCAUAGGAUAUGUGAUGCUUAAAUCCAAGAAUAAGAAAGCUUAAUCUUAGUUAUUAUAUUUUUUGGCAAUCACUCUUGCAUUUUCCUAUUAACAUUUUGGUUUGAAUGUGUUACAAAUUUUGAAACAGUGAUCUGACUUGGUCUCCUUAGUUAGCUCCAGGCACUGCUGUCUAUGGCCUGAUUGUUUA